GAGAGCCGAAGCGCGUUUGUGGCGGAGAAAUAAGCUAGCUUCUUGUCAUCGUGGUGCUGGGGACGCUGCUGGCUGAGCUGGAAGUUACUUUUGUUAUUCAAAGAGAAGGCUUUUAAACUACCUGGGGUCAGAUUCUCGCUUGAAGUGUCACGGUGAACCGGAACCAUGUCGGGCUCAUCGGCUAAAGUCAGCAAGAAGGAGAAUUCAAAUCACGACGGAGCGGAUGAGACCUCCGAGAAAGAGCAGCAGGAAGCGAUUGAACACAUUGAUGAAGUACAGAAUGAAAUCGACAGAUUAAACGAGCAGGCCAGUGAAGAAAUUUUAAAAGUAGAGCAGAAGUACAACAAAUUACGCCAGCCGUUCUUUCAGAAGCGAUCAGAACUCAUAGCCAAAAUCCCCAACUUCUGGGUCACAACGUUCGUCAACCACCCACAAGUUUCAGCUCUUCUGGGGGAGGAGGACGAGGAGGCUCUUCACUACCUGUCCAAGGUGGAAGUUACAGAGUUUGAAGACAUCAAGUCUGGAUACAGAAUAGAUUUUUCGUUUGAUGAGAAUCCGUACUUUGAGAACAAAGUCCUCUCCAAAGAGUUCAACGUCAACGAAAGCGGAGACCCAGUGUCCAAAUCAACCGAGAUCAAAUGGAAAGCUGGAAAGGAUUUGACCAAGCGGGCCGGUCAGACGCCGAGCAAGGCUGGGAAGAAGCGGCAGCACGAGGAACCCGAGAGCUUCUUCACCUGGUUCACCGACCACUCCGACGCUGGAGCAGACGAGCUCGGAGAGGUGAUCAAGGAUGACAUCUGGCCCAACCCGCUGCAGUACUACUUGGUCCCUGACAUGGAGGAUGAAGAAGGGGAGGAUGAGGAGGAGGAAGAGGAGGAGGGUCUGGAGGACAUUGAUGAAGGUGAAGAGGAGGAGGGUGAAGAUGAAGAUGAGGACGACGGUGAAGACGACUAAAGGCUCGUCCUCCCCCUGUGAUUGGCUGUGGGAGCAAAGCGGGGGGGUGGGGUGUUUUGUAAAAAGUUUUGUUCUUUAUAAUAUUCCCUCUCGUGUCGCCGGCCCGCCGCCGCCCACAGAGGCGCCGCGGCUUCCACCCGUCGUUCCUCCACACCCUAAAGAAUAAAGAUGAAGUUUGUAGCAUCUGCACGUCGUUUCUGUAGGUUCACUGUUUCUGUUGGGGGGGGGGGGGGGGGGGGACUGGAGCUUAUUUUAUUUUAUUACAGUAAAGCGGGUCGGGCUGACCCAGAACCAGUUCAGCGCUCUGAUGUGACCUUUGACCUCCUGGGUAGAAAUGUUCUGUUAAAUUUGUCCCAGUUUUCUAUUAAACAGCUGUGUUAAACCAGA